UGUUAACCCUUUCUAUAAAAUAACAUUACUCCACUAGUGUGUAUAUUACGCAUAUCAUCAUUGCUCGUGUGCUAUCUUAGCAUUAUUAAUGCGCCAUUGACAGUCCCUCUGAACGGGAAGCGACGCCUUGAAUCUUCUUUCUUUCCGAGAAAUUUGUAAUUGCAAAAGUGAUUGUCCAGUGGUUCCGGGAGCUUUCAUCGUUGAUCGCAGUUCUUCGCACAACGAUGGAUGACAAUGAGCUAGGUGUUGGUGACGAUGACAAUGGAGUCGAGGAAAUGGACGAUUCAUCUGGAACCCUCGAGAAGACCUUCGACAUGACGCUGGCCACGUCACACUCCUAUUUAGGAAACGAUCUCGAAGUUUUGCGAGGUAGAACCCUCUUGGAUAACGGUAUCUACGUGGAUCUGCCGCUUCUCGCGGAGAAGUCAAUGGUUCUAUUUCCCGGACAGACCCUCCCCAUGAUGGAAUACAACAUCAGAACUAUGGAGAUGCUCAGGAAAUGCCUUAAGAAGGACAAAACAUUCGGGGUGGCUUGUUUGAGGUAUAACCGGGGAUUCUCCAUUGGAACUACUGCCGAAAUUUACGAAUACUCCGAGAAUACGGGGACUAAUGAGGUGAGGGUCAAAGCCAAGGGGAGGCAACGGUUCAAGAUUUUACGCAUCCGUAGUUCAUCAGGAAGAAUUUCCGCAGACGUACAAAUUUUGCCGGAGAUAGAGUUGGGGCCACCCUUCCACGACGAUCGUCUGGCCUGCCUAGACCGUCUCCGUAUUAUACCGACUAAUGAAAAGGAGGCGCAAGAACAAAAUAAAGUAGCCAAAUUAGAUUCGGUACUGACGCCAUGGCCGGCCUGGGUUUACAACCAGUAUAAUCCCCGUCGUCUGGCAAUGAAAAUUCACCAAUAUUUGCGUUUCGUCGACUCAAAAGGUAUCAAUAUACCAACAGACCCGACAGAAUUAUCCUUUUGGGUCGCUCAAAAUUUGAUAAUGAAAGACAAAAUGAAGAUAUCACUCUUAGAAUUGGAUUGCGCCAUUCAAAGAUUGCAAAUGGAAGUAAAACUUUUGGCAAAACUUCAGGAAAAAUUGUUUGUCUGUGCCCAUUGUCGGGUUGUUGUUGCGAAACAGGUAGAUGUCUUUCCAAUGAAUACGGAGGGACUUCAAAGUGCCUAUUGCAAUCCUCAUGGCGCCAUUCAUGAAACUGUCACGGUAUAUCGAACCCAGUCACUUAUUCUGAGACCAGAUCCACCUUCUACGGAGUGCAGUUGGUUUCCUGGAUAUGCCUGGGUCAUUGCCAAUUGCGCACGUUGUGGGUUUCACAAAGGCUGGAAAUUCACCGCAACUCGCUCAGACUUAAUCCCCAAAUCCUUCUGGGGUCUAACCAGAGCAGACCUCGUCUGGGGAGAUCCGGAUGAAAAUGAAGAUGACGACGAGGAUGAUGACGGCGACGAUUCCUUAGGGAUCUUGGAUCUCGAGGGGGGAUAACAUAUUCGAAUGAAUUUUCUUGUUUGUGGUUGAUCAUAGACUUACCUCUGGCUUGUUUGGUCUGUCAGGAGUCACCUCAAUGACAAUAAUCCUUAGGAAUAUUUGAUUAAUUGAAUUGUCGUCAAUUAAUUCCCCCAUUUUCAUCGACUAUUAAAUUUACUUAUGAUGGUUUUUGCAUUCUCGUCCACGUUCUGCGGUUGACAGGAGUAAACCAUGGAACUGUUAUAAUUUAUUAUAUGUCGUUUCUAUGAAGUAAGAAAAAUUGGAAAAAUGAAUUUUUGUAAAAAUUCAAUAUCUCCAAAAAUACUGACUGAUAAAAAAUAAUCGCAUUUUCAAAGUGAAGAAAAAAAAUAUUGAAUUGCCUUCAUGAUUAAUGCAGCCCUUCGCCCGGCAUUUUAACCCACUAGUUCUCUGCUAGUGAAUAAGAAUCCCCCUUUCUAUAAAUUUAUAAUAAAAAAUCCCGCGUUUCAUCGUGCAAAAUAUAAUUAUUGCAUCACAUGUUGGAAAAAUAUUAUUUCCCGAUGUAUAGCUCUGCUGUAUUAAACUGCAUAAAAAUUA